AAGCAGAUCCGCGAAGUCGGAUCUUUUGUGCAGCUGCUUCAGCGCUCGCGGACUGAACUUGUCUCGAGAUUGAGAAGACAACCCUUGGGAAAUGUAAAGGGAUAGAGAAAAAGCAAUAGUGCACGCAGCAUAUAGAAACGUGGGAAAGCGUCGACGUGCACGGCUGCUGGUAAGAGACAGGAAUUCAUAAAUCGACAACGAAGCUUUCUCGAGCCACUGGAAUAAACCAGGAAUUUCACACAUUUUUAUUUGGUAAAGGGAUUCCUGAUGUGGCAGCUUAAUGGAAACUCGAUGUAAAACCAGAAAGCCCUUCUGUGAAACAUGCUGAGAGGGGUUCUUGAAACCGAUGAGUUUACCAGGCAACACUGCUGCCAUUAUGGAGCACUCUCUAACUAAUGUGAACUUGAGGGGGAUGAUGAUAUUACACAUAGCAAUCAUGGAACAGACACAUUGACAAAGAUUAACUGCACUCACUCUCAGUGCGCUGCUGCCAGUCAGCAUGCUGCGGAUACUGUCGCUCAAAUUUGGCCGCGUCUACCGGUGCGGCAAGUUCCUCUUCAUCGUAGCUUUUUUUGUUAUCCUGCUGAUGAACACUCACAACCUAUUCGCCUCUUUCCAGAGAAACGAGCUCACCGACAGGCGAUUCAUCGGCUUAAACAAGUGUCCAGCCUGCUUCGGCACUAGCUGGUGCCGGAAGUUCAUGAACGGCCAGGUGACCUUUGAGAUGUGGGGUCGCCUGCGCUUCCUAGACUUUUUCAACGUGAAGAACGUUUAUUUUGCUCAGUAUGGAGAACCCAGGGAAGGAACGCGCAGGGUCGUGCUCAAACGCCUGGGCUCCAACCAAGAGCUCGCAGAGAUCGAUCAGAAGAUCUGCAAACGGGCCACUGGAAGGCCUCGCUGUGAUCUCAUUCAGGGUAUGUACAAAACGGAGUUCGCCCAACUUAAUGGGGACGUAAGGCUGCUGACGCCAGAGGUGGUGGAGGGCUGGUCGGAUCUGGUGCACUGCCCCUCACAGAGGCUUCUUGACCGUGUGGUCAGGAGGUACGCGGAGACCAAGGACUCUGGCAGCUUCCUGCUGAAGAACCUGAAGGACACUGAACGGAUGCAGCUGCUGAUGACGUUGGCGUUCAACCCUGAGCCGCUUGUGCUGCAGAGUUUUCCCUCUGAUGAGGGCUGGCCAUUUCCCAAAUACCUGGGGGCCUGCGGCCGGAUGGUAGCGGUGAAUUACGUGGGCGAGGAGCUCUGGAGCUUCUACAAUGCACCCUGGGAGAAAAGAGUGGAUCUGGCCAAGCAGCUGAUGGACAUCGCCGAGCAACUGACCAACAACGACUUUGACUUUGCCCUUUACCUCCUAGAUGUGAGCUUCGACAACUUUGCAGUUGGGCCUCGUGACGGAAAAGUCAUCGUCGUCGAUGCAGAAAACAUCAUAGUGGCGGACAAGAGAUUGAUUAAGCAGAGACUUUUAGGAAGAAGUAUCACAGUAUUACAUACCAGAUGGAAACCUGCAUGGGCCUCCCACGCUCUCAGAUUUAUAAACCAGAGAACUAUGACGUGUGGUACGAGAGCCGCUACGAGGAAUGCGACAAAGAGGCCUGCCUCUCCUUCUCCAAGGACAUCCUCUGCUCUCGAGUCACCGUGGACCACAACUACUAUGCUAUCUGUCAGAACCUGCUCUCCAGAUUCGCCACCUGGCGUGGCACCACGGGCGGUCUCCUCCAUGACCCCCCUGCCAACUUGGUCAAAGACGGCCGCCUCACGGCUCUGCUGGACCAGUGCACCAGGCCUCAGAAACAGUACGGUCGCUUCCAGGCAGCUAAAGAACUGCGGGAGUACCUGACAGAACUCACACAGCUGAGCAAUACUAACAGGUAGUGUCCAGAACAGGGAACAUUCUGUGCCCCCACUCCUCCCAAAAAAAGACCUCUGAAGUAAUUUUACAAAUGUGCUACCAGAUUCUGGAACACAUUCAUUCACCUUCAAGGUAGUCGCUAUUUCAUUCCCACUAUAAAUCAUGCCAGCAUUGGCUCCAGUCCUCUCCAGGGACUAAUUAAAGAAGUUUGCACAUGAACAUGGAUUAAAGGGUCGUGUGAAAAUCAGCAGACUAGAGGCUCAAACUGCUAUGAUCACACUGGGGUGUGUGUGUGUGUGUGUGUGAUAGAUGAUUGUAAUAUCCCUUGCUACCAAUAUAGGUUCCGAUAAAGAUCCUGUAGUACGGUUUUUAAUGAAUUAAUAAAUUGAGUGCUGUAGGUGCACUAUGAGCAGGGGUUAUAACUGAAGUGAUACAGGGAGUUUGGUUUAUAUUUGGUUGAGUUUUAACAAAAUCAUGUCCAGGUAAUGUUUUACAAAAAAAUGUUUUUAAAAAGAUUGUAUCAACAUAAAUUCAAAGCAAUAUAAUUAAAUAUAUAUUUUAAAAUAUACAUUUAAAUCAGUAUACAUUUUCUUUAAGGAAAAUGCAGUUUUUUGGUGAAAUAUUACUUGGAUGUGUUCUUGACAGGCAUUGAGAUUCAUCCAUUUGUGCUUUAUUUUAGUCUCUAUAUUCGAUUAGACAUCUGGUUUUUCUUUGCUACGGGAAGUCAAGUCUUAACUGAAUUUGAAAGUGUGAAUGGUCAAAUUAUGCCUGUGAUGGAAGUUGAAUGAAUUGAUUUAAUAAACAAACCUGAAAUGAAAAUACUAAAAGGAGAACAAAAUGGAUUCGAAACAACUAAGUAUGCAAAAAUAAAAAUACCAAAGAAUAUUAUCACCGUUGCUUUGACCAAGAGUGUUCAAAAGGGAAACCAUAAUAAAGCUCUUAUUUUUUCAUGUUCCUGUCUUCAUAAACAUUAGAGUUGUUGUUUUUUUUUUUACCUUCUUUUUGGACCAAUGCAGUUAAAAUUCCCAUAUGCUGGUAACCAUGACAUAUCGUCUCCUUCACUUGCAUUUGCAUUUGCAUUGUGUUUAGAGAAACAAGUUGCACUACACUGUCACAUCAGUUUUUCCUCUUAGACCCUUUAAUGUUUUGCCCUCUUAUCAGUUUUGACUCCAUAUUUUUAAUGUUCUUUUUCCCCUAAUAAUGUUACCUGUGUGCCAUUUCCCAUGUUUGUAAUGAGCAAUACUGGUAGUUGAUUAAUGAAUCAUAACUUUUAAAAAAUGUCUCACAUUUCAUAUUGCUUUAUAGGCAUUCCAAAUUUUGAAAUAUGAUUUAUUUUUGUAUUUUCUUUAAAAAAAGUCUGCUGUUCUGUAUGCGUUUGUUUUGAGACUGAGGAAAAGUCUGGUUGUAUUGUGCCUUUCAUUCAAAAGUUGUAUUUUUGACUGGAAAAUAAUAUAAUUAUAUUAAAGUAUGACUUCAAUUA